AUGCCCCGAGGUGAGAUUGCGCCGGGAAGACGGGGAGGACGAGCCCAAAGAGGGAUUGUGCGAGAGCCGGCGGAGGGAUAUCGGUUUGGAGGGAUUGGCGAGCAGAGGAGAAAGGAUCCUAGGAAUAAUAGAGAGGGACGGAGAGGAGAGAAGAGGAGAGGAACAGGAAGAGAGGAUGAUAUGAAAAGGGAAAUGGGGGAAGCGGACUCGGGGAAUCUGGCGAUGCGGUCGGUGGUGGACGAAGUUCAGCAAGACUCGACGGUAAUGGUAAUACACAUAAAUACCGAUGAAAACCGGUACGGCCACGGCGUCUACGACGCUCUACGACUCCAUCCACAUCGAACCCCUUGUCGACAUAAUUCAUGCGGCGCGCCACACCCGCCCGGCGGGCUAGUUCACAAGUCCACGAGGAACUCAGCUGGGCUGUUUCGACAUGGCCUCUGCUUCAUUGCCUUUCCCACGAAUCGGCGCUCCCGGCUGGGCCGAACAACCACGUACCCGUCUCCUCUGUCCAGUCUCCAGACUCCGGAUUCCAGGCCCCAGUCUCCAGUCUUCCGUCUCCAGUCUCCUCCGGACGGAGGGUACAUGCCGCAGCAGCUAUGGCCACCGCACGAGCCUGGCCUCCCCACGGGCCAUCAGACUCACGGACUCAACAGCCACGAUGUUCAAUGUUCGCCUCAUCCUCGAAUGAAAGCGACGGCACCAAAGUCCGGAACGCGCACCAUCGGGCCGAGUCCGAAGGGCAGCUCGCGGACUAAUGGGCGGACAGGCACCAGGAUGGGCCGAUGGGGGACCGAGACCCUGUUCGAUGCAGUUCUCCCGACGGCAUGGCGAGGGCCCGGAAGUACCAGCUAUGACCAUGAUCGAGUGGAUACGCUUAAUGCGCCCGGUGGAGCUGGGUCCGAACCGGAAGCAAUCCAGCACGAAGAGGCCCAGGCGGGAAAAUAG